AUGGCUCCCAAUGAAAUUCUUCAGACUUUGGGAAUUAUCCAUUUGUUGAAGCAUUUUGGAUGGACCUGGGUUGGCCUUUUAAUUCUGAAUGAUGACAGUGGAGACAACUUCAUUGAAGCUCUGGACCCACUUCUCUCUGAGAACAAGAUCUGCUCUGCUUUUAUGGAGAGAAUUCCCAAACAAGCAUUUUUUUCUAUGUUUCAUGGUUCUGUGGUGGGUAGGAUAAAUGUUUAUUUGAGGGAAACUAAAAUCAAUACAUUUGUCUUCUAUGGCGAAAGCUUCACAGCAAUGCUUAUGUUUCUCUUCCUCAAAUAUACAUACAUGAUCCUUGGAAAAGUCUGGAUUCUGACAGCUCAAAUGGAUUUAACAUUAACUAGUCUGCAUCAACCUUCUGAUUUGCAAUUGUUCGAUGGAGCUAUUUCCUUUGGUAUUCACUCCAAUGAAGUUCCAGGCUUUGACAAAUUUCUUUGGGCCCUCAAACCAUUCCAGACCCAACGAGAUAGUUUAUUGAAAGAGUUCUGGGAGCAAGGCUUUGAUUGUGUCUUUUCAGAGAAUAAUAAACCAGUGGAAGGAGAUGAAGCAUGUACUGGGAGGGAAGAUUUAAAAAAUCUUCCUAGACAUUUAUUUGAAAUGACUGGUCACAGUUACAGUAUCUACAAUGCAGUCUAUGCUGUAGCGCAUGCUGUUCAUGAGAUGAAUGCACUUAAGUCUAAACACAAAAGAGUAACAAAAAUUAGAAGGGGUGAACUUCAAAAUCAAAGCACCUGGAAGCUUCACUGGUUUCUCCAAGGCCUUUCGUUCAAUAAUUCAUUUGGAGAAACUGUGUCCAUCAAUCAACAUGGAGAAGUGCUUUCUGGAUUUGAUAUUACAAAUGUGAUCAUGUUUCCAAACAACUCCUACCGCAAAGUGAAAAUUGGAAAGCUGGAUCCCAAAACACUUGCAGGAAAUGAAUUUGUCAUUCAUGAAGAUUUAAUUGUUUGGCACAAAGAUUUUAAGCAGGUUUUGCCCCGUUCAGUGUGUAAUGAUCUCUGUCCUGCUGGCUAUCAGAAGAAAAAGAAAGAAGGCAAGAAAUUUUGCUGCUAUGAUUGUGAUCCAUGUUCUGCUGGGAAGAUGUCAAAUAUGUCAGACACAAUUGCCUGUUCUGAAUGUCCAGAAGAUCAAUUUCCAAGUAAGGACAAAGUUCGAUGCAUCCACAAAUCAAUAAUAUUUCUAACUUUUGAAGAACCUUUAGGGAUCAGCUUAGUUGUGAUUACUGCUUUAUUUUCAGUCAUUACCAUGUUAAUACUUGGAAUAUUUAUCAAGUAUAAAGACACUCCUGUUGUUAAAGCUAACAACAAGGACCUCACCUACACUCUCCUAAUCUCCCUUCUGCUUUGCUUCCUCUGCUCUUUUCUUUUCCUUGGAAAAGCUUCACAACUGAUUUGCAUCCUCAGACAAACUGUCUUUGGGGUUAUUUUCUCAGUGGCCAUUUCUUCAGUAUUGGCCAAAACCAUCAUGGUCAUUGCAGCAUUCAUGGCCACCAAACCAGGAUCCAGCAUGAGGAAAUGGUUGGGGAAAAGACUGUCCAUCUUAAUUAUUUUCUUUUGCUCCUUCAUUCAAGCAGCCAUUUGUCUGAUCUGGAUGAUCACUUCUCCCCCCUUUCCAGAACUUAACAUGAGAUCCAUGACUGAAGAGAUUAUAGCAGAAUGUAAUGAGGGGUCUGUUGUGAUGUUUUACCUUGUCUUGGGCUAUAUGGGGUUUCUGUCUCUGGUCAGCUUCAUGGUGGCUUUCCUGGCUAGGAACCUGCCAGGCACAUUCAAUGAAGCCAAGUUCAUCACUUUUAGCAUGUUGAUGUUUUGCAGUGUUUGGUUGUCUUUUGUUCCAACAUAUUUGAGCACCAAAGGAAAGUAUAUGGUAGCUGUGGAGAUCUUCUCCAUCUUAACUUCUAGUGUUGGGUUAUUGGCAUGUAUCUUUUUCCCCAAAUGCUACAUUAUUUUGCUGAGGCCUGAGCUGAACAGCAAAGAACAACUUGUGAAGAAAAAGCAUUUUUGA